UAUUAUAGUCUGCCAAGUCAGAGAAUGCGGUCCUUUCAUCUCUCAUGCUCCCCAAUUUGGCGCCAAAAGCCCACACCUACCACAAAGCAGUAGAGCGGCUUGCCAGUUGCCACCGUCGUCAUCUUCCCGGGCAGGAAACCCUCGUCAGCUCUCAUGGCAGAGCCCAGUUCUAAAAGAAUGAAGGUUACAAGGGGAGAAGAUGACUAUAUGCCUGGUAACAUUACAGAGAUUGAGCUUCAUAAUUUCAUGACAUUUAGUCACUUGAAGUGCAAACCAGGCUCACGGUUAAACCUUGUAAUUGGACCUAAUGGCUCCGGUAAGAGCUCACUUGUUUGUGCAAUUGCACUUGGCCUUGGCGGGGAGCCUCAGCUUUUGGGAAGAGCAUCUAGUAUUGGAGCCUUUGUAAAGCGUGGUGAAGAUUCAGGUAAUAUUAAAAUAUUAUUGAGAGGAGAUUCUAAGGAGGAGACACUUAACAUCACACGGAAGAUAGAUGCCAAAAACAAGUCCGAAUGGUUAUCCAAUGGGAAAGUUGUGCCAAAAAAGCAUGUACUUGAAAUCAUACAAAGAUUCAACAUCCAAGUGAACAACUUGACUCAAUUUCUACCACAAGACAGAGUAUGUGAGUUUGCAAAGCUGACUCCUAUUCAACUCCUUGAAGAGACUGAGAAAGCUGUGGGUGAUCCUAGGUUGCCUGUCAUGCACAAUACACUUGUGACUAAGAGUGAGGAAUUGAAGAAACUUGAACGAACUAUACAGAGUAGCAAAGAAACUUUAGAUCAACUGAAGCAAGCCAAUGCUGAAAUUGAAGGUGAUGUUGAACGUUUCCGUCAGAGGGAUCUACUCCUAGCUCAGGCUGACCAGAUGAAAAUGAAACUUCCAUGGCUGCAAUAUGACAUUAAGAAAGUUGCAUAUGUGGAAGCCAAAAACCGAGAGACAGAUGCCAAGGGAAAGCUGGAUGAUGCAGCUAAGACUUUGAAAGAACUCAUGGAACCAAUCGAGAAACAGAAAAGGGAGAGAGCCACACAGGAUGGUAAAUGUAAGAAAUUGGCAAAACUAAUGGACAACAAUGCUGAAAAGCGCAUGCAAAUACUGGAUCGUGAUAAUAUUUUGAGUUCACAAAUACAUGGAAAGUUUAAAGAAAUGGAAGAUAUAAGGAGGCAGGAAGAGUCCCGUCAAGAACGGCUUUCUAAAGCUCUAAGUGAUCUCAAAGAUGCUGAGUUAGAGCUUUCAAAUUUUUCUACCUCUGGACCUCCAAAAGACCAACUUGAAGGCUUGUGCACUAAAAUCCUUGAGCUGCAAGAUGCUGCUAGAGAACUAAGGGCUCAGAAAACAGAAACUGAGAGAUCCCUAGAACGAAAUAGAACUACCUCGAGGCAGUUAGCGGACAAGUUGACUGAAAUGGAGAAUACAAACAAUAAGCGCUUGCGCGCAUUGCAGAACUCUGGAACUGAAAGGAUUUUCGAGGCUCAUCGUUGGGUGAAGGAGCAUCGUAAUCAAUUUAAGAAGGAUGUCUAUGGACCAGUUCUGGUAGAGGUGAACAUUGCAAACAUGACACAUGCAAAUUAUCUCGAAGGUCAUAUUCCAUUUUAUGCCUGGAAGGCAUUUAUUACACAAGAUUCGGCCGACCGCGACUUCUUGGUUAGGAACCUGAAGUCAUUCGAUGUCCCAAUUUUAAAUUAUACAGGGUCUGAUGGUUAUGACAGAUCACCUUUUCAAUUGUCUGAGGAGAUGCGUAAGCUAGGCAUUUAUUCCAGGCUUGAUCAAGUAUUUGAUGCUCCAGUUGCUGUCAAAGAAGUUCUGAUUAGCCAAUUUGGGCUGGAACAUUCGUAUAUAGGAUCCAGAGAGACUGACCAAAGAGCUGAUCUAAUAUCACGAUUAGGAAUUUCUGAUUUCUGGACACCAGAGAGCCAUUACCGAUGGAUCAAAUCGAGAUAUGGCCCCAAUGUUUCUGCAAUUGUGGAACCUGUUAAACAUUCUCGUCUUCUCCACUCCAAUAUGGAAGCUGGAGAGGUUGACAAGCUCAAGAGCCAGAAAAGUGAGCUGAAUGAAACUGCCCAUUAUUUGGAGGAGAAAUUAAAGACAAUCAAGGCUGACCUAAGAAACAUAGAAAAUGAAGGAGCUCAACUUGAAAAGGAACGGGAGGAGCUUAUUAAUGCGUCAUAUAUGGAGAAGAGAAAACGAAAUGAUUUGGAAAAGCGUGUUGAUCAGCGGAAGUUGAGGUUAAAAUCUUUGGAACGAGAAAAUGACUUGGAUAGCAUCAUUGCUAACUUAAGUAAACAGGUUACAGAACUGAAGGUUCAGCGAUUCAAGUGUGCAGGUCAACUCAAGACUCUACUCAUCGAGGCUGUUGCUGAUAGAAGAGGUUAUGCAGAACAAAGCAUGGCCUUGAUUGAGCUGGAAUUUAAGAUUAAAGAGAUGGAAUCUGAAGUCAAGCAUCAGGAAAGGUUUGCUGAGCAAGCAGUUUUGCAUUAUGAACACUGCAAAAAGGAAUUGGCAGAUUGUCAUGCUCAAUUGUCAGCUGCUAAGAGGCAUGCAGAAUCCAUCACAUUGAUAACUCCAGAAUUGGAACAAGCGUUCCUUAAGAUGCCCUCCACGAUUGAAGAACUGGAGGCUGCUAUUCAGGACACUGUUUAUCAAGCCAAUUCUAUCCUUUGCCUUAACCCUAAUUCCCUAGAGCAAUAUGAGACACGCCAGAAAAAAAUUGAAUCUCUCUCGAAGAAACAUGAAAUGGAUGAAAAAGAAUUGAAUUGUCAUUUAAAAGAUAUCAAUUCUCUAAAGGAAAGUUGGCUUCCAAGACUGAGAAACCUUGUCUCAGAAAUAAAUGACACUUUCAGUCGCAAUUUUAGAGAGAUGGCUGUUGCUGGAGAGGUUUCAUUGGAUGAGCAUGAUAUGGACUUUGAUAAAUAUGGAAUUCUAAUUAGAGUUCAAUUCAGGGAAAAUGGACAACUUCAAAUUCUUAGUGCCCACCACCAAUCAGGAGGAGAACGCUCUGUUUCAACUAUUCUUUACCUUGUUUCUCUUCAAGACCUAACUACUUGCCCUUUUAGAGUGGUUGACGAAAUAAAUCAAGGAAUGGAUCCAAUUAAUGAAAGGAAAAUGUUUCAGCAAUUAGUCAGAGCAGCCAGCCAACCUAAUACACCACAGUGCUUCCUACUCACACCAAAACUGUUGCCUAAUCUAGAAUAUAGCGAAGCUUGCAGCAUUUUGACUGUAAUGAACGGACCGUGGAUUGAUCAGCCUUCAAAAGCGUGGGCCAACGGGGAGAACUGGAGAACCGUUGUGGGGUCCCUCGAAGAGAGGUGUCACUAGGAAGGGCAAAAUCGUGUCGGGAGAGCCUUCUGUUUUUUGACAGUUCUAACAGCAUUUUGUUUAGUCGGAUGUGCAUGUAUAUAUGUAAUUCUUUUGCUAACUUGAAGUAGCAUCCUCUUCUCUUUCAAAUAUUUUUUGCAGUUUUCAAGCAUUAAUUUUUGGACCUCUUACAUGCUGUGUAGCUUGUAAUUUUUUCUCACUUUGUAUAAAUGGCGGGAGAGCAGUGUUUUGUGUAAUUGAAUAAAUAAAUGAAUACUCUGUUACAUA